CAUACCUGGAGAAAUCGAACAGAAAUGCCUGGAAAUAAAAUAAAGCGCAGCACGGCGGGCGAGUGCCUGGUGUUUUUCGUGUACCGGUGUGAGUACGAUCAGCGGGUACGCAAUGCCAUCAUCCGCUUCAGUGGCAGAAUCAAGUCGUAUGGAGGAGAGAAACUCGGAAUCGCAACAGACGUGAUGGUCCUGUGCGCUCCAGAUGACAGUCCGUGGAAGAACCGAAAUGACUGGUGCGUGGCCCUGCUCGGUUUCCCCAACCAGAAGUCGGCCAGACUGUGGUUCAUCAGCGAGCCCGAGAUCAAACAACACGACUUCCCGCCUCCGUCUGACGGGUUUCUCAUCUUCUCCGUCCGAAUCCGCUACCCACCCGUCACAGGCCGUCUGACGUUCUGCUGGACAGAGCUGUCUAGCAUACGAUCCAAGGGCGAACUUCAGCGCGACUACGUCGACCCGAUGGCGACAUUGAUGGACCGCCACAACAUUGACCACGGCCUGGUGUUCAUCAACGACAAGGACUGCGACCAGCUCGACCGUCUGCGUGACUGCUGGCUGCCUUACCACGCCUACUACCGCCUAGACGUGUACGACUCGGAGGAUGAAAUAUGCAGGUUUUACCAGUCAGAUGAUGCCAAAAAUCUUGUUCAGGUUAGAAACAACUUGUGCGCCACGACUCAAGUGGCGUUUACCAUCGACCCCAAGAUCUGCUAGACACACUGCAUCCUCAUAUCACUGUUACUGGGACCACCAUGACCUGCACUGAACCUUUACCUCUGACCCUGAAAUCUGCAUAUCCGUCAGAUACGUUUUAUUGCCAACUAUUCAGUCAUAAAUAUAUAAUGCCUCAAAAUCUGCUUGGGCAUUUGAUCGUUAUUUAGUGUUGAUAACUAGAUGUCAUUAUAGUUUGUACUUAUAAAACUUUUUUUUAAGAGUUCGGACUUUAAAAAAAAAAGUUUUUAUAAGCACCAGUCCAAAAUCCACAUUAAAGUUCUUCUUUCUGGACACAUACCUUGUUAGUACCCAGUCUAAGACUAGCUGUUAUUCGAAAAUGUCAAAUCACUUUUGCAGAAUGUGCCAAGCAGUUUAUUGUAAACCUGCUUCUUAUUUUUGUUGUAUAUUUUAUUUAUUACCUGUAACCAAAACCUGGAGAACUGAAUUAACAUUAGUUUAGUGCAAUAGCUUACUUUGUGUGUUGUAUAACGUAUACAUAUAUAUGUACGUGAAUAUCUAUGCAUAUAAUCAUAUUACUGUGCUAAAUUAAAUGUUGUCUUUCAACGUUUUGCUCUACUACAAUACGUUUUAAUAAGAAACUUAAACAUGUUUUAUGCUACACUUAAGUAUGUCCCAGAAAUAUUGCUAUGUGUAGCUGGGGAGUAUCUUUUUCUUCUUCUUUUUUUUUUGGGGGGGGGAGUAGGGUAAAUUGUUUUCCUCCUUUUUUUUGUGUCUUCUUGAACAGACAGCCAAAAAACGUUUUAAUCACGAAUUUAUCAUGUCAUUUAAGACUGAGCAGCAUUGACGAAAUUUUAUGACAUUAGUAUUAUAUUGAUGUAUAUGUAACAAACACUAUAGAUCUAAUAGAAUUAGUACCAUGCCAAAAUGCCUUGUCCCUUUAUCAGCAUUAAUAUAUACACAUGUAUAUAUUUAUUUGUUUUUUUUAUUAUUAUCCUUUAUUCACAAACUAUGUUUAUUUGGCAGACAAUAUAGACCGCACUUUAAUAAAUAAGCCACGCUAUGAUGCAUGUCAGUUAAAAGUAGGAGGUCGAAUUUGCAUUCUCUAUGUUUAGUACAAUUUGUGUUGCCAAAUUAUAGAUGUCAAAUUCGGGUAUUUUCAUGUUUGCUACAUUUUCACAAAUUAUUAAAAAAUGGUUAAAAUGUAAUGUCAGCUGUUCUUGUUAACAAAUAUAAUGUUAUACGUAUUUUGUACGAAAUAUAUCCAUAGGCGGCCGGUCUACGAAUAUAUAUUACCUUGCAUUUAAGACGAUAUUACAUGCAUGUAAUUCGAGUAAUAUAGAAUAUAUACUUCAGAUUUUAAAAUUUUAUAGGGAUGUUUGUUUUUUGUAGUUUAUUGUGCACGUACCCACCCACCCCCACCCCCAACACUCACUCCCACACCCACCCACCCCCUCCGGUAAACAUAGGACCUGCUUCCUUAGUGAUUACAUCACGUUUUUGUUUUUUUGCCGUGGUUUGGCGUCUAUAGAUCGAAGGGACAAGCAUCGAUUUGUUGGGUCUGACCGCUGCCUUGGAAAUAAUCUGUCUGCAAAUGGCUCUAUUCAUUUUGUAUGAGUAUUUCCAAUUCAAGAAAUCUGUGCGAAUACUCGAUCGAUUUUCGUGGACGCAGUUUGUGUCUUAAGCGCCACGAAAUAUCUCGGUAUAAUUCGGCACUUAAGACUAGUACAGGUUAUACAGCAGAUGUCAUCAGUUAUAUAUGGGCAUCUGGGACCCAUUUUACAAAACAUCCUACGCCUAGUUUUGAAUCUAAACGUAAAUCUACAUUUAAAAAAACAAAACAAUUCUUAUAGUUAUAAACUGUACAAAUAAUAUAGUUCGAAAUAUACAUAAAUCUUUUAUUCGUUGAUUUUUCCCGUCCUUGUCGUAAACCAUUGUUUGUAAUGAUGUCUUAUAUCCUUGAAACAUAUGUCAAACGCAUGUAACUAAAUGUACGACUGCUAAGUAUAAACGUAGACUCAAGUGGCGGGGGUGGGGGGGGGGGAGGGGGUGGGGGUGUUUGCGGCGAAAUUAGACGGUCAUCUGUUCGUUUGAACAUUUAAUCUGUACUUCAAUAUUUAAUCUUGUUUCUAUUUCACUAAAGAUACUUCAUUCUUUCUUUCUAUUAAAUAAUGUUAUACUUCAUGAGAGAAAAACAAAAUAGUACUGCCAAGUAAUUCUUUUAAAAAAUAAAAAAAUAAAUCCCUCCCCCAAUUUAUCAGAUUGCUCUUUUCACUUGCUACAUAAGCUAUGGUAACCAUAUAAUGACAGAAACGUUCUGAAAAACUAAUAAUUAUAAUAAGUUUAUAUUUCUUGUUAGCUUGAAUUUUUACAAAUUAACAUCAGUGAAAAACAAGCUAAAUAAUAAUUUUUAAAUAAUAAUAAAUAAUAGUGAAAUAAAAAUUAUAAUAAAGAUAAAAAGCGAAAUAUAUAUAUAUAUAUUAUUUAUUUACGAAAUGUCUCCAAAAAAUAUUGCAUAAAUAUUAUGUAAAUUCCAGUUUCAUUGCACUUGUGCCACGACCAAAACCAUCAUCCUACCAAACUCGAUUUGCCCUAUUAACACCUUUAUUUUGUUUCUCCUUUAAGCCAUGAAUUGAGAAAGAAAGAAAAAAUUAUUCAGUAUUAUAUCUUUUUAUUACUGGUUUAUUUAUCGUGCUAUUUUAUUUUUAUAAGACGUUUUAUAUCCAGAUGUCAAAAAAGUUCGCCAUUCGACAAAAUCAUUAUGGGUGUACGCUUUACCUCCCUUGGAUGGAUUUUACGACUGCCACAGUGAAGAUACUUUGGACGACCAGUUCUCUUUAUUAUAUCUCUUUAACGAACGAUAUUUAACACAUCCGUCCAUCUCUCAGUUCUUGGUUGUGUUUUUAUAGCAUUCACAAUUGUUGAUCUGUUUUUUCCUUGUUUCUGUUAUAAUAUUUAACUUUAUUGUAAAAUAAAACUAAAUAUGUUAAUAAAAUGGUUAACUGAAA